UUAGAAAGACUGACCUGCUCCCAGGAGACUUAGAAUUGCCAGAGAGAAUGUAAUUAAGUAUCUUAAAAAUGGUUUAGGCUUGAGAGUAGACAAAUUGGUUGAGCUGGUCCCCAGGGAGUAAGAUUCUCCUGGAGAGAAGAUUAAAUGGAAAGGAGCUCCCAUGGGACAAAACUGCAGAAGCCAUGAGUGGAAAACAAAAAACCUGAAAGCAGUCCCGUCUGACUUAUAAACAGAGCAACAGCCCAGAGUGUUCCUAGAAGAGACGAUUUCUUUGGUGCACAUGUGCCAGGAACUGUGUGUGUGUAUGAACAUUCUUCUGCCCUUGUUGUGUAAGGCUGGGUGGACCAGGAACCACACCGCACAGGAAGAAAUUUAUUACGUCUUAGCCAUGUCUGUCUUCAGAACCCACCUUUCCUGCUCUUUGUGCAACAAGACACACCUCUCUGAGGAAGGAGGCAGACAGGAUUUCCAUCAUUACUACUAUCCUAUUAAAACACACACACGCACACACACACAACCACCGUGUAAUUACUCUCUGCAGGAAAGGCGCACAAACAGGAUGGGCCCGAGCUGAACCUGGGAUGAGCCAUCCCUGUAAAGAUUAGCAAAAGGAACCUCCCCGCCAUGCACCCGCCUCUGGCCAGGGCCUCUCCCAGAGGGCCCGGCUGGGUCGCCAGCACACCUCCUACCGUGGGAGGGAGGGCGCGGGCGAUUCCCAACCAUGCGGGUUCCCUGCUCCUCCUCCUGUCCUCCAGCCCUCCCCGGACCUGUCUCCCGCGCCUCAGGUGUUUGCUCGGGCUGGGCCACCAGCCCUACCCUUUUUGGCCUGCACCUGGGGUAGCCUCCAGCCCAGAGAGCCCAGCCAGACCCGGUGGCAAGGAGCGCGCGCAGCGCGGUGAGAGCCGGCAGCGCGGGGCUCCCUGGGGUGGCGUGCGCCCCGCUACUGACCGACAGCAGGGCCAGGCCGCCGGCCGCGCGCCACGCCCCCAGGCUUCGGAAGGCGCGCGAGCCCGCGCGGGGUUGCUGUGAACUUGGAGCCUGGCGGCGCGAGGCUUUUGCUGAGGAUGCGGCGGCAGCUGCUUCCUGGUUUGAAGCCGGCCGAGUGGGGGAGAGCGUGAGCCCGCGGAGGCGGGGGUAGGAGCAGAAGCCGGAGAGGCGGAGGCAGGAGACGCUUCGGGCUUGAGCUAACCGGACGAGUCGCUCCGGCUCUCCGGGGAGAGGCGCUUCCCGGCCCUGGAGAAGGGGCGAGACCUGUGCGAGCCCACGGGAGGCGCCGCGCGCUCGAGAGGGACGAUCGGGCGACCCCGGCCGGCUGAGGGCUCGGCGCCCGGCUCCCCUCCUUUCCACCUCGCGAGGGAGGGAGGGAGGGAAGGAGGGGAGGGAAGGUCCGGUGGAGGAGGCAGAAUGGCCAGUCGCGGGGGGCUUGGGCGCUACUUUUCCCGGGAGCUGCCUCCACUCCUGCGGCCGCCGAGAGGGCUGGCCUGAGCGAGGGCUCCCCGCUCUCCCGCUGUGAGCACGCGAGGUCCCCCAGGGCCGGGGCAGCGGCGCCGGCAUGUCGUCCGGCACCAUGAAGUUCAACGGCUACUUGAGGGUCCGCAUUGGCGAGGCGGUGGGGCUGCAGCCCACCCGCUGGUCCCUGCGCCACUCACUCUUCAAAAAGGGCUAUCAGCUGCUGGACCCCUACCUGACCGUGAGCGUGGACCAAGUACGCGUGGGGCAGACCAGCACCAAGCAGAAGACCAACAAACCCACGUACAAUGAGGAGUUCUGUGCCAACGUCACUGAUGGUGGCUACCUGGAGCUGGCUGUCUUCCACGAGACGCCCCUGGGCUACGACCACUUUGUGGCCAACUGCACCUUGCAAUUCCAGGAGCUGCUGCGCACGGCCGGCGCCUCGGACACCUUCGAGGGCUGGGUGGAUCUGGAGCCAGAAGGGAAAGUAUUUGUCAUAAUAACCCUAACAGGGAGUUUCACUGAAGCUACUCUCCAGAGAGACCGAAUAUUCAAACAUUUUACCAGGAAGCGCCAAAGGGCUAUGCGAAGGCGAGUCCACCAGAUCAACGGACACAAGUUCAUGGCCACGUACCUGAGGCAGCCCACCUACUGCUCUCACUGCAGGGAGUUUAUCUGGGGAGUAUUUGGGAAACAGGGUUAUCAAUGCCAAGUGUGCACCUGUGUUGUCCAUAAGCGCUGCCAUCAUCUAAUUGUUACAGCCUGCACUUGCCAAAACAAUAUUAACAAAGUGGAUUCAAAGAUUGCUGAGCAGAGGUUUGGAAUCAACAUCCCACACAAGUUCAGUGUCCACAACUACAAAGUGCCAACAUUCUGUGAUCACUGCGGCUCCCUGCUCUGGGGGAUAAUGCGACAAGGACUUCAGUGUAAAAUAUGUAAAAUGAAUGUACACAUUCGAUGUCAGGCAAACGUGGCCCCGAACUGCGGGGUAAACGCGGUGGAGCUAGCCAAGACUCUGGCGGGAAUGGGCCUCCAACCCGGAAAUAUUUCUCCAACCUCGAAGCUUGUUUCCAGAUCGACCCUAAGACGGCAGGGAAAGGAAAGCACCAAAGAAGGAAAUGGCAUUGGGGUUAAUUCUUCCAACCGACUUGGGAUUGACAACUUUGAAUUCAUCCGAGUGUUGGGGAAGGGCAGCUUUGGGAAGGUGAUGCUCGCAAGAAUAAAAGAAACAGGAGACCUCUAUGCCGUCAAGGUGCUAAAGAAGGACGUUAUCCUGCAGGAUGACGACGUGGAGUGCACGAUGACAGAGAAAAGGAUCCUGUCCUUGGCCCGCAAUCACCCUUUCCUCACCCAGUUGUUCUGCUGCUUUCAGAGCCCUGAUCGUCUGUUUUUUGUGAUGGAGUUUGUGAAUGGGGGAGACUUGAUGUUUCACAUUCAGAAGUCACGGCGUUUUGAGGAAGCACGAGCUCGUUUCUAUGCUGCAGAAAUCAUUUCAGCACUUAUGUUCCUGCACGACAAAGGCAUCAUCUACAGAGAUCUGAAGCUGGACAACGUGCUGUUGGACCAUGAAGGUCACUGUAAACUUGCAGACUUUGGGAUGUGCAAGGAGGGGAUCUGUAACGGGGUCACCACGGCAACCUUCUGUGGCACGCCCGACUACAUUGCUCCAGAGAUCCUCCAGGAAAUGCUGUACGGGCCUGCAGUAGACUGGUGGGCGAUGGGUGUGCUGCUGUACGAGAUGCUCUGCGGCCAUGCGCCCUUUGAGGCCGAGAAUGAAGACGACCUCUUUGAGGCCAUACUGAAUGAUGAAGUGGUCUACCCCACCUGGCUCCAUGAAGAUGCCGCUGGGAUCCUGAAAUCUUUCAUGACCAAGAACCCCACCAUGCGCCUGGGCAGCCCGAGUCAGGGUGGUGAGCAUGCCAUCCUGAGACACCCUUUCUUUAAGGAAAUCGACUGGGCCCAACUAAACCAUCGCCAAGUAGAACCACCAUUCAGACCCAGAAUCAAAUCCCGAGAAGACGUCAGUAAUUUUGACCCUGACUUCAUCAAGGAAGAACCGGUUUUAACUCCAAUUGAUGAGGGACAUCUUCCUAUGAUCAACCAGGAUGAGUUUAGAAACUUUUCCUUUGUCUCUCCAGAAUUGCACCCAUAACCUUAUGCAGAGUGGGAGAGAUGGUAUGAGAAUCAAAAGGGGAUGGAGAUUUUCCAGGAGUUUCCUAUGUGGGCACGUCCCCAGGAUCAGCCUUAGAACAAGAACCUGACCUUCGGGGGCAGGUGGAGAACUCUGUGAAGGACGGAACUUCAAGAGAUCAACUAUUUGAAGUCCCAUGGGAUCGCGGUGCUGGCAAAGAGUUGAUACCGACAUGAGAUGUCAUGAGGAAAUUCACUGCUCAGCCCAUGCAUUUCCAUGGCUCCUUCAGACUUGAGAUAUUAACAGUUGGAGCCAAAAGGAGAAAGGGUGUGAAGAAUAAACUAGAUCCCAGAACUUCUGAGCCAAUCAGGCGUUUUAUUUCAAGAGACAAACCUAGACGUUUUAGGGACCACUGCAAGCUGUUUUAUAAGCCCAUGAGCCCAUAAUACUGGCAGUCUGCAGCAAGUCUCGAAAUGCUUGUGAAGAACUUACAGAGAAAGAAAUGAAGAGCUUUCCAAAUAGGAUGAUUUACUCUGAAGAAACAAAAACUGAUAUCCAUAAAGCUCACAACUUAAAGCCCUCUCUUAACAGGUGGGCACCCAGGCCACUGCUACAGCUUAUUCUUUUAUCCUUACUUUCACUUAAUAGAUAUUUAUUGAGUGCCCAGUGAGAUGGUGCCACAAUACCCAGUAGCAUAAACAACAGAUUUGUGUUUACCAAGCUUUCAUUCCUAAGUUACAUGAAUGGCAUUUGCCUUCCAUGAAAUGCCUCUCCAUGCUACAUAUGUCAUACUUUGUCUGCACCUAGCUUCUCCCAUUAGGCAGCUCACUGCCACAACACAACUAUCUGCGUAAUCAGCAGGUGAGCUCAGGUGCUUGCUGACUUGCGGAAUCUUGUCGUGGGCGAUGUGUUCAUGCCGCUCUGGACUCAGUGAAGAACCGCUCGUGCUGAUGAGCAGACUUACCACUUAUACCUUAGCAAUUUAUUUAAAUUAUGUUUUGAGAGAUAAACUUGUCUGUUUGAUAUGCAUUUUAAUAAUUAGAAAUGGCUCUUGUAAGCAGGACAUUUAUCAAAGAAGGACCUGCUAUGCCUGUGUAUGCAGUUGGAGAAUUUUAUCUGGCUGAAAUAAAUGCAUUUUGUAACAAAA